AUGUGGCAGUUCAUAAGGUCACGAAUACUUACGGUGAUAAUCUUCAUAGGAGCUGCUCACGGAAUACUGGUUGUGGGCCCCAAAUUCAUUCGGGCCAACCAGGAUUACACGGUUGUGAUCAGUAACUUCAACUCGCACCGGAGCAAAGUGGACCUGAUGCUACGGAUGGAAGGCCGAUCCAAUGAUGGCAGAAGUGUGCUGAACUUAACGACUACGGUUGAUGUGCAACGAAACACGAACGGGAGGAUCACUUUCAAUAUGCCUGCGAACUUAUCAGCUGGAAUUUACAAAAUCAUCGUUGACGGGCAACGUGGCUUUAGCUUUCAUAAGGAAGCCGAGUUGGUACACCUUAGCAAAACCAUAACCGGUUUAAUACAGAUCGAUAAGCCCGUGUACAAACCGGGCGAUACGGUAAAAUUUCGUGUGAUUGUGCUGGACUCUGAGCUGAAGCCUCCUGCACGGGUAAAAUCAAUUCAGGUGACAAUCCGUGAUCCUCGGACAAAUGAGAUCCGAAAGUGGUCGACGGCCAAACUGUACGCUGGAGUGUUCGAGGGUGAUCUUCAGAUCGCGCCUACUCCAAUGCUCGGAAUAUGGAGCAUCUCGGUAAAGUUGGACGGAGAAGAACUCGUAUCAAAAACGUUCGAGGUGAAGGAGUACGUGUUGUCCUCUUUUGACGUAGAGGUGAUACCGUCCGUCGUUCCUCUGGAGAAGCAUCAAGGAUUGACUCUGACGAUAGAUGCUAACUACCACUUUGGCAAACCGGUAAAGGGAAUUGCUAAGUUUAAGGUGUACUUGAUAAACGGUAUCCUGGACCGGGAGAAUGUGUUCGAAGUGUAUGGGAAGAGGCAGGUGCAGCUACAAUUCAAGGAUUACUUCCAAAUGCAGGAAUAUCGGCAAGAUGUGAUCGUAAAUACGACAUUCAUCGAGCAUGCUACAAAUCGCACUGUCGUGAAGCAAUCCGACAUCACGGUGUACAAAUAUAUGUACAGUGUGGAAUUGAUUAAGGAAAGUCCACAAUUUCGCUCAGGACAUCCAUUUAAGUGUGCGCUUCAGUUCCGAUACCACGAUGGAACACCUGCUAAAGGUAUCACCGGGAAGGUGGAAGUAUUGGAAAUUGAUUACGAAAAACGUCUCACUAGUGACGACGAAGGUUUGAUCAAACUCGAACUAAAUCCAAGCGACAAUACAACACAGAUGGAAGUAGUCUGCUCUACUGGGGACAAUAUAAAUUUAUUAAGCGAAAUAGUACACAGAGUGGAUGUGGUGACGAAUGUGUACCUCAAACUGGAAUUAAGAUCUGCAAUACAAUCAAAUAGUAUUUUGCAGUUUAUGGUUACGUGCAACGAACGCAUGUCAUUCUUCGUGUACUACAUAGUGUCGAAGGGCAAUAUAAUUGAUUCCGGUUACAUGAGGCUGAACAGUCAGAAAAAAUUUUUAUUAAAAUUGCAGGCCACACAGGAGAUGCUUCCAAAGACGAAACUUAUUGUAGCGACUGUAGCGAGCCGUACUGUAGUAUACGAUGAAAUGACCAUCGAUUUCAAAACACUUCGUAACAAUUUCGAAUUGAACAUCGAUGAGGCAGAAAUUAAACCGGGCGGACAAAUUGUACUUCGCAUGUCUGGGCGACCAGGAGCGUACGUAGGAUUGGCGGCCUACGAUAAAGGUCUGCUGCAGUUCUCCAGCAAGCACGAUCUGUUCUGGGAGGAUGUAAUGCAGUUGUUUGACAAUUUCCAUGCCGUGAAUAAGAACGAGUUUAAUGUGUUUCAUAGUAUGGGCCUGUUUGUAAAACUGUCUGGUGAAACUAAACUAGAACCAAUGGGUGCUAAAACAGAACGCUUUGGAAGUCCUUUCGUACCAUUCUCGAAUCUUGUCCAUUACCGGACAAACUUUCUAGAAUCGUGGCUAUGGCAGAAUAUGACCAUCAGAAGAGACGGGAUGCUCAAGUUCAGUGAGGUUGUGCCAGAUACGACCACCUCCUGGUACUUGACGGCAUUCUCCAUUGAUCCGGUGCACGGCUUUGGUAUUAUUAAAAAGCCUAUCCAGUUUACAACGGCUCAACCGUUCUACAUCGUGGAGAAUCUACCGUACUCCAUCAAGCGAGACGAAACGGCCGUGUUGCAGUUUACUUUGUUCAACAAUCUUGAAGCAGAGUACGUCGCGGAGGUGACACUGUACAAUGUGGCCAAUCAGACGGAAUUCAUAGGGCGUCCGGUGGAAGAUCUAAGCUACUCCAAAACCGUGAGCGUUCCUUCGAAAGCUGGUGCACCGGUGUCAUUUCUGGUAAAGGCACGAAAGCUCGGAGAGAUGACUGUGCGGGUAAAAGCAACGAUCAUGGCCGGACGGGAAGCGGACGCAGUAGAGAAGGUGAUCCGAGUAAUGCCGGAAAAUAUUAUCGUAAGCAGUUCUGUACCGCGCGUAUUCAACCUUGCCAAAUAUGGCAGUGCAGAGUACAAAAUCUCGUUGGAUAUACUGAAACAAGCAAACUUCAGAACAAUCAAACUGGAAUUCGUUUUAUCGCCGAACCUGCUAACUCCAGUCGUACACAAUCUGGACAACCUGCUCACCGUUCCUACCGCGUCGGGUGCAACCAGUAUGAUCAACUUCAUUCCAAACCUGGUAGUACUCGAAUACCUGCAUGCAGUCGGGUCCGCCGAAACGGUUCUGAUUAACAAAGCUACGGCGUUGUUGAGAAAUGGCUACCAGUUCGAGAUGCAGUACCGUCAGCCAGAUGGUUCAUUCGGUAACUGGCGCAAGUCGACGGGAAGUAUCUUCGUUACCGCUUUGGUGGGACAAUCCAUGCAAACUGCCUCGAAGUAUAUAUUGGAGGUGGAUUUGACCAUGGUCGAUCAGCUGUUCGAUUGGCUUGCAUCGAAACAGCACAGUUCCGGACGGUUCGAAGAGAUAGCUCCGAUUACGUACCACAGUUUGCAGGAUGGAUCGCGCAACGGAAUAGCGCUGACGGCGUUCGUGAUGAUUGCAUUAUUGGAAAAUGCUGCUGCCACGCAAAAACACCAGGACGUCGUACGAAGGGGUAUACAGCACAUCGUGAACCAUUUGCCGAACAUUACCGAUGUAUACGAUCUUUCACUAGCCACGUACGCGCUGAUGUUGAAUGGUCACAGCCAAAAGCGGACGGCAAUCGAUUUGUUAAUAGAAAAGUCACAACCUGUUCAAGGUUCUGACGGUAAGCAGCGAUACUGGCCGCGAGACACGGCUGCGAUUGAGACGGCCGCGUACGGAUUGCUGAGCUUAGUGCACGAUAAACGGUACCUGGACGGAAUCAGUGUGAUGCAAUGGUUGGUAAACCAACGCGAAGCAACCGGUAGCUUCCCUCACACACAGGACACCUUUGUCGGGCUGAAAGCAAUUUCCAUGCUGGCGGCUGCGGUCUCACCCAGCAAGAACGACUACACCGUCUCCGUUCAGCACGGGAGGACACGAAAGGUGUAUAAAAUGGCUUCGAUGGAGGUAAACCGCCAGUUUCGGGACGAGCUAACAGGCGAGGACAAAACGGUGACAGUGGGUGUGCAUGGUCGGGGUUUUGGAUUGUUCGAGAUCAAGUACCGGUACGGCAUUGAUGUGAGAUACGUCAACAAACAGUUCAGCCUGCGUUUAGAGCCGCAUUUUAGCAACGCUAAUCACGUGCUACAGUUGAAAGUGUGUACCAACUUCACACCGGUAUUGACACAUUCGCGCUCCAAUUUGGCACAGGUGGAGGUGAACUUUCCCAGCGGAUACAUCGUCGAUAGAGAUUCCAUGGUGGACAUCACCCGACGGAACCCUGUCAAGAAUGUCGAAUUUCACUACGGUUAUACGUCGAUGGUGGUAUACUACUAUAGUUUAGGACCGGAAGAUAACUGCUUUAUGGUGACUGCAGAAAGAUUGUUCAGGGUAGCAUUUCAACGGCCCGCUUAUGUUCUCGUGCAUGAUAGCUACCAUAAUCUGUUCAGAGCAAUAAAAGCUUACGAGGCCCCGCAAGACAGAUGUGUUGAUUGCCAUUAAGAGCCAUCUGGUAAGCAUCUAUGAUGCACGGAUAAUGAGUGAACCGGGUUAAAUUGCACCCGAAUAAUCGGCGCUUCGCAAAAUCUACUGCAAAAUUUGACAACUGUGGACCCGUUCCCCUCUGAUAAAACAAUUUAACAACCCUGAACGUCAGGGAAGUAGCGGUUAGUUCCUGUAGAGGGCGCUAGCGAUUGAGCUCACGAUCGACAUCGACAAGGGGUUCCGAGGCGAAGGGUUUCUUUUUCUAUCGAAUUCACAAAAGUAAGCGGGUUUAAAAUUGUAACUGGUUUGAGGAAAAAUCCAUGAGUAGUUCAAAUUGUGCCUAAAAUAUCAUCUGAAGUUAAUUUCCGAGUCUGUUUUCAGAAGACACUAUAAUCCAUCCUUUUGGGUGAUUUUCUAACGUUCUAAUUUGGUUUAUGGCUAUGUCCUUGUUGUACUAGCAGUUUCGUCGGUUAAGUUAUUAAAUUUAACCAAUGGGACUACAUCCGCAAGUGCUCCUUACAAGCAAAUCAAAUUGGAUGUGUUCAAGCUAAUUAAAAUUGCAACGUCCGAAACAUCCGACAGAUCUUCAAAGUAUCAUUAAAAUCAACUAUUUUAGCUGGUAUGCUGACUUUAAACAAGGUUAUACACGUUCUAGUUGUCGAUGAUCGAUCAUUGUUCCGAGAAU